GUGGGUGCGUUCUGACAACCAUUACAACUAAUGACUACUGAUAGAAACGAAAGUUAAGAAGAAUAUUAUCAACUGUUUUCAAUUGUGACGUCUUUUGUCUUCAUAGGAAUAUGGCAUCUAAAUUGAACUUACAGUGUGGUCCCUGUGGAUAUGAGGACAUCACGAACAACGCCACAAAAUGGUGUACCAAUUGUGAAGAGGGUUUUUGUGGAGAAUGUGAGAAAUCUCAUAAAUCUAUGAAAAUUUCGAGAGGUCACAACAUGAUUUCAGUUGACGAUUAUCGUCAAAUAGAAGACAUUACAGUAAAUAUGAACUGUGAAAUACAUGGUAAAAAGCUGGAUUUAUACUGCAAAAAGCACGAUAUUGCGAUAUGCGUUGUCUGUGUUCCGUCUGCUCAUAAAACCUGUUCCUCUUCUGAUGUUAUCUCAAUCGAUGAAGCAUCAAAAAACGCAAAACAAUCAAGUGCUCUCUCAGACUUAGAAAAAACAAUCUCAAAAACUUUAGACGACGUCAAGUAUUGUAUAAACGACCGAGAAACGGCUUUGAAAAGUUUGGACAAAGAAGAACAAACAAUCAGAAAAAAAAUUGCAGACACACGUAUGAGUCUGAACAAAUACUUGGAUAAACUCGAGAGAGAACAGCUUCAAGAUUUGAAAUUCAAUCAUGAAAACUGUAAAUCGAAAUACAUUAAAAUUCUUGAUAAAAUGAAGCAAAUAGAGCAAGAGUUAGAAAGCCUGAGAGAGCAAACACUUAAAAUGAAAUGCUUUGCAUCUGACCUACAAGUAUUUCUAGGAACGCGUGAAUUAAAAAAUAGAACAGCAGAACAGAUUGGAUCACUCAAAGAAGAUAUAAACGAUCAUAAGAAUAGCAGGAUGGAAAUAGAGGUUCAUCACGUGCUCAGUUCCUUAAUGAAGGAGGUAAAGCAGUUUGGAGAAGUCAAAGUUAUUGAAACAAAAGCCGGUCUUGAAUUAAAAGAUGCAAAUAUUGACCAGGCUCAGAUACAAAUACAAGGAUCAAUGCAAACUGUUUGCAACGUCAGUCUUCAGCUGAAACAGAAGUUUGAUAUCGAAGGAACAGUAAAACCAAUAUCUGCCUGCAUCAUUACAUCUGACGAUAGAGUUAUAAUUGCAGAUUAUUAUGGAAGGGGUAAGUUUAUGGAAUACAAUAACGAAGGAAAAUAUAUUCGUGACAUUCCUGUCCCCGAUAAACCGUAUGAUCUUACCACAGUAGAUACUGAUCGUAUUGCUGUUACAUAUCCACGAGCAACCUACCUGGAGAUUAUAAACACUAAGAACUAUAGUGAAAGGCAGAAGGUACCUUGUAGUUUAGUUUCGUGGAUAAUAGCUUAUCAGGACCAGAAACUGUAUGUAGUUGUAUACAAAAAGGGCAUAGAAGUAAUGGACUUGAAUGGAAAGAAAUUAAAUACAAUCGUGACAGAUAUUGAAUCUUCCUUGUUUGGUAUAACAACGACUAGCGACAAGAUAUACUAUACAGACAUCAAUAAUCGAGUACACUGUUGUAGUCUGACAGGACAAGAAAUCUGGGUAUUCAAGGAUCGGUCUAUUUCCAAACCGAAAGGUAUAUCAGUGGACAAUAAUCAGAAUGUAUUUGUUUUGGGUCAACAAUCUAACAAUCUGUCAGUCAUACAACAUGAUGGGAAAGAUAGUAAGGUCUUACUUACUGAUCGUGAUGGACUUCAUAAUCCUAGAGCAGUGUAUUACAACAAAGAAAAGAAGAUUGUCUGUUUAGGAUAUAAGGCGGAAAGCAUUGCGAUAUACCAAGUGGCGUAA